AUGGGAGAUUGUUUCUCCAAACCAAAGAAAUGUAGACGGAGUCGCACAGUGUUCACAGAAUUACAACUCAUGGGUUUGGAAAAGAAAUUUGAAAGCCAUAAAUAUCUGUCUACUCCUGACAGAAUAGAACUCGCGGAAACUUUAGGUUUGAGUCAAAUACAAGUUAAAACCUGGUACCAGAACAGACGAAUGAAAUGGAAGAAACAGGUAAAUAGAGCGUAA